AUGCUCUUUUCACAUCGGCACUGUCGAACACACGUUUCAUGUAAUCUCGAAAUCGUGGAUCUAAAAAGAUCAUUUUUUGCUGCCUCGCUCAAAUGGUCAUAUAUUUUAAAUGUUUCAUUCACAAACGACUUCAUUUUCAUGAACGUUCCUUUGGGCGCCGUUUGUGGAUUUGUGAACAGUGAAAUAUAUUUAUCGCUAACCUGA